UACAACAACAAUAACACAAGAGUGAAGAAAUAAUGGAGCUUCAGGACACUGCUGCAACCCGUGUGUCAAUUGGUUUCCCUCUUGGCUUAGCCCUUCUCUUUGUUUGUUUACUCUUCAUUUGUGGCUUCUUCUGCUGCUGCUUGCAUUGGAAUAGGCUUCAAUCAUUUCUUCGGUCUCAUGGAAUCAUCAACCCUCAAACUUUGGAACAUACUCACAUACAAGCAGAAUUGGCUUCCCCCUAUCAGAAACCAGCUUUUCCUGUUGUGAUGAUGAAGCAGAAUUAUGCAAAGAGCUUGCCUGUGCUGAUGCCAGGGGAUGACAUCCCAAAAUUCAUAGCCACAGCAUGCCCAUGUGAGCCUCCAAGAGAUGAAAGGAUCACAAUCCAUGUGCAGAAGGAAGCAGCCACUGAUUUUUAGUGGCAACUAAAAGGGUUUAUGGUUUGAAGCCAAACAAAGCCUUGAAGAAUUCAGGGUAAUAUAAGUAUAUAUUGGUACAUAACUACAUAUAUCAUGGAACUUCUCAAUAUACAUCAACGGCUAAAAGCUCUUUGAUGGCUUUGUGAGGAGUUGGAUGGUGGAUCAAGAGCAAGCACACUGAAUUAAGGUGUCAUAAUAGCUUUGUGUUGAGUGAGAUGAUGAACCAACCAAGCACAAUGAAGGUGCUCUAAGAAACAAAGUCUAAGGCCCCCAUUUGAUUUUUUGUCAGAAUGGGAAGAAAAAGGUUGAAACAUCAACCUGCCUCUUUUUUUUUUUUUGGAAGCUGAUUGAAGGGUGCUUUUUAUCUCUUUUUUUGGUACAAGAUGCAUUUUAUGCUUUUUUUUUUGGGUACAAGGAUGAAUUUUAUCUACUCCUUUCAAGUUCGAACUAAAGUUUUGAAUCUUGAGCUUAUUGAAAUAAUUUAUGAAUUUGAGUUUUUUUUUAA